ACACACACGACACAUAAAAACAAGAACUGGCGGUGGCGUCUCAGUGGACACGCUGCGGUAUUGUGUCACUGUGACACAUUAUAUGGUCUGGUCCCCUUCUGCUGUGUGAGGACACCCAGUGAACACCUGUACCUCCACUCUGGGUGUAACACAGUAAUGAGCCAAUUGGAAUACACACUGACGUCAUGUUUUCAUGCACAUGGAAGAUGUCACAGGAGAUUUUACUUCAUAAUAAAAACUGAAAAGUUGUUGCACCUGAGGAAACUUCCAGUUUGUUACUGAAAUUGGAGCCAUAAUGAUAUACUGAAUUGUUUUUGUAUAUUUUUGUACAAACAAUUACAUCCCUUUAUACUGUCAUUGCAUUGUUAGUUAAUUGGUCAUUCUGUAUAUAUUUGCUUUUCUUUAUUGAAGAUCAAAAUCGACAAAAUUGAAAAUAAAUAAGCAAAUCAAUUAAUGACUCAACAAUACAUAAAUAAAUAAGCUACACGCAGAAGUAAAUAAAUUAAAUACUGAAUAUCUAUGUACACUUUUGCUAUGUGCUAUUAAGAUGCUAACUGCACAUACUGGUGGUGUAUGCAAUGACAAUAAAGAUAAAGCAAGAUCUACAUUUUAAAACCAUUUAAAUUAAAGUGUAAAAAAACUGACAAAAUGUCCUGAUAAAAUAAAAGCAACAAGCCAAAACAUAAAACAUUUAAAGGGUACAGAUAUUUAAGUGUUAUAAAAUAUCUGUGAAUGUUCAGACAAAGUCAAAAUAGAAGAAUAAAAAAGAUGAAAUAAACAUAUUGAUGUCCUUGUACACAUGAUACAGUUCUACAGCCAGCAGUGGAUGCCCGGCAAAUGGUCUUAAACCCAAAUGUUGGACUAAUCAAAAAUUUGGCGCUGAAUAAAAAGUCAAAGGAUCAACAAAAGUUGUUGGGAAACAUUUUCUGGGAACCAUAAGUGUCUCCAAGUGCCUCUUCCAUAAUUAGUAGCAUAAAUGUUGAGAUAUUGCUCAAGACAUGAAAAUCCAUCCAGUAGCUAAAGGUUAUGCAAGGUGUUACAGUGCAGGGUUAUUUUUGUGUGUGUUUAUGCUGAGCCGAGUAGCUGUGUGUGUUCAGCUGUUUAACGUCUUAAUCAUUCAGUCAUUUUUGUUUUAAAUUUUAAAAGAUCUCACCCACAUUAAAAACAUGACAGUAAUAAGUUUUUUUAAUGUGACCGAUGCAGAAGCUGUUUUGGCCUCACAGUUUAUCCCAAGAGGCAGACAUGUUUGUUUGUUUGAUUAAAGCAUAUCAAGUCAGACCAUUAAAAGUCUUCUGUCAAAGCUUUGGUGAAAACUGUGUAAACUGUGAUGAAUAAUUCAGAGACAACGAUCAUUUUACUUGAGAUUAGCUUGCUGGGUUGCCAUGGAGGAAAUGCAUGUAUUAUUUACUGGCAGUGUGAGUGUGACUGUAAGGCAGCUUACAGACGCUCAGUCGUUUUUAGAUCUGUUCCAGCAGCCAGGAUUAAACCUGCUAGUAAUCCAUGGGAAACAAAAUAGUGUGUCUGAGCUGCAUGUUUACCUCUGAAUGGGAGGCAGGGAGCUGCGGUGUUGUGCGGAGCAUGUAAUGUAGCAGAGGGCUCGCAAUGGAGGGGACGAUGCUGACGGAGGGGCAGGAGAAGCCCCAGAAGCGGGUGAGGUUCCGAGUGGCUUCUGGGAACAGCGGCCGGGUGCUGAAGGAGAUUUUCAAGGAUGAAGGGCCUUCGGACUCCCUGGAGUCAGACUGCACCAGCAGCUCUGACGCCGACAGAGCCAGCACCCCCUCCACAAGUGGAGAACCGCACGGACACCUGUAUGGAUACAUGGGCUCGGAGCUGGACGACAGCGAGAGCGAGCCCGAUGACCUGCUCAUGUAUGCGGGGGCCACCAAGGACUGGUCGUUCACCACCAAGAGGGUCAACAUACUCAGUAAAAAUGGGACUGUGAGGGGGGUCAAGCACAAAGUCAGCGCAGGUCAGACGCUGUUUGAAAACCUUCCCAAUUGCAACAGUUUGGAGUUGUUGCUUGAGUUUGGGCGGAUUGUCAUCUACACGACCAGUUUCCGUGUGGUGAGGACGACCUUCGAGCGCUGCGAGCUGGUCAGAAAGAUUUUCCAGAACCACAGGGUGAGGUUCGUGGAGAAGAACAUCGCCCUGAACAGCGAGUACGGGAAGGAGUUGGAGGAGCGGUGCAAACGUGUGGGAGAACCUCCUUCGUUACCAGUUGUGUUCAUUGAUGGACACUACCUAGGGGGUGCUGAGAAAAUACUCGGUAUGAAUGAAUCAGGAGAGCUUCAAGAUCUUCUGAUAAAAAUCGAGAGGGUACAGCAUCCCCAGACGUGCCAGACCUGUGGGGGCUUUGCCUUCAUCCCAUGCCCAACGUGCCACGGCAGCAAGAUGUCCAUAUUUCGCAACUGCUUCACGGAUUCCUUCAAAGCCCUCAAGUGCACUUCCUGCAACGAGAACGGCCUGCAGCCCUGUGUGAGCUGCAGCCGGUGAGGACGUAACGUGCCUGACCCUACGUCCUCGCUCACUUCUCUGGGACCUGAGACAGGACCCUGAACUGGACUGAAACACAGGCAGUGACGUGAAACACAGCAGGUCUCUUCUUCCAUGGCCAUUGUUAGUCAAACAAACAAGGAAUUUGUAAUAAAAUCUGUGAAUUUGG